AUGGCCGGCGAUGAACUGCAGAAACUUCGAGCGCUCGGAUGUGAGGACGAAUCGCUCUGCUUCGCGGCUUACCGUGUCUUCAUUUAUCUGCAGCAAGAGAAAGGACUGACCGAUGUGCGGUACCAGUAUGCGGCCGAUUUACGCACGCUUUACCUGUCGGCCAAACGGGAGGCCACAGCACUAUCGGAGAUCUACCUACCAGUGUUAUCGACGGCGGAUCUCGACCUUGGUCAACUCGACCACUUCCGUAGCACCUUAAUAGUGCCCACGAGCGGCAACGGUGAGGAUGCUGUGGUUGCUGCUGACAGCCUAAUACUGGCCAUCUGUGAUCCUAGCUCGACGGUUCUGCUUUACCGGCUAACGAGCGGCAUAAAGAGCAUUAGCGGCAAGCUUCCCUCUCGUGGCCAACUGAUGCGACAAAGGCAACUACAGAAACCAUCAAAGACUGCGUCAGAAAAGUUAACUCCUAGCAACAGCUGACACGGACACGGGGAGGAGGUUGG